UUGGGGUUUAUUACCUCGCCGGUUUUUCUUAUCGUGGGGAUUCGGACAUGCGUUGCCCAUUGGACCCAGUUUCCAGAAACUGCCGGCGUGCGCUCCUCCAGCUCCAAAAAUCCGGCGACCACCAGAUCCCCGCCGCUGCCGCCCGAAGAAUCCGCGCCCCAGCGCAUUCCCCCUCCUUUUCGACGACCCCAGGUCCGCCCUACCCUCGCCGGCGGUCCCGAAUUCCAGGCGGCGCUCGUGGAAAGCCCCGACGGGAGCUGCGCGCGGGGCGCUUCCCGGUAGACGACGACGCGUCCACGAGCUACUGCGCGGCGUUUUCCAUGGAGAGCCUGCAGUCGCCGCGCUUCCUCUCCCCCAUCCAACAGGGAAUGCGUACCAGGCCGCGCGAACACUCUCCAACUUGUGGAUCCUUUCUUCAAUAGGAGGUGCGUCCCGAUCUGCAGCACCACGUUUCCUUGACUUGUUUGUUGGAUACAGACAUACAGUUAGCUAGCCAUGAUUUUUUUCUUCAAGAGCAAAUAAAGUGGUAAUCUGCAAGUGGCAUGUUUAGUAUUAGAUUGGCAGUUCGGUCUUUGCGGUGGGCUCUUAUCUUUCUGCUCAAGUAUGGGAUAAAAAGACUUGAUCUUGCAAUAUGGGGACAAACCAAACAUUCACUUUUUGUAGUCCUUUCGUUGUGUCCUGCCCAGUGACGCGGCAAUAGUCCUACAUCUAUCUCUAUAGUCCCCCUUUUCAGUUUGAACUCUUGCUCUGAAGAUUCAGUUUUGUGCAGAUGCAGCUAUAUUAGAUAGACUUUGCUAAUUAAUCAGUGGAAUAGGUCAUGCUGGUGAUGUGUUGUUAUGCAUUAGUGUAGGUUUCUGCCAGGAUAAUGUCAUAAUUUUUUUUGCAGAUGCACGUCUAUAUGAAUAGUUAAUGAUGUGAUGAUACAAUUAAAACCUUGGAUCUAAUUGUCUGCUAUGGGCUUACCAUCUUUGUAAAUAGCUUAGAAUUACUACGUUAUUUCUAUUGCAAUUUAGCUCCAUUCUGCCUUUUCCCUCAGGAAUAUAUUCAGCUUGUUUGGGAGGUACAUAUUUUUCAGGUUCACUUACCUGCAUUUACCUAAUUUGUCGCUAAAGCUUCAAGUUUUAUACGGCUUGGUUUUAAGUUUACGAUUCGCUCUUUUCAUUUAAAUAUAUAAAAAAGUUUGGUCCACCUUCUACAUGUCGCAUUGGAAUGAAUCAAUCAUUUUUUACUGAAAAAUACUAUUUGUGGGGUUUUGAUCCCUACCGUGUCUUACAAAUUCAGCUUUUCUUUCUGGCAAAUUCAAACAAACAUAAUUUAUGUUUACUACCAGCAUUUGAUUCUAUUAGGAAGAUCCGUAUCAUUAUCUUUGCUUAAGGUUCAUGUUUAUCUUUGACAUAAUUUCGUGUCUUUCAGAGCUAUGCAUUGAAAUAUGAUAAUUAGUUUCUUCUUCUUGACUGUUCAUCACUGUAUGACUGCUAUUGAAUUAUGAUUUUGAUUCAUCUGCAUGCUUUUCCAUAC